AUGGCUGCGUUAAGUAACCACGAGGGUGAUCCAGGUUGGGAGGGUGUGACGGUGGAGGUCCCUUCCGAUGACGUGGCCAUGCCAGACUGGCACGAUGACGCCAUAGACCUGACGUGGCAGAACAGCCAGCCAGUCUCGCCGCAAGGAGCUCUAUCCCAGGACUUCUCACAGCUAAUCUCCCAAGACAUUAAGCCGGAUAUCCAGCCAUUCGCCACCUACCCACCUGCGAUGCCUCCUCCCGUGCCUGUACCCGAGCCUGCUGCAGAACCUGGAGCUGGAAGAGGACAGGAGACGAGGAGGUUUGAUGCAGCUGCGGCAGGUGGUGAGGAGGAAGUGAGUGGUCCGGGAGGGGCGGAAGAAGGGGUUGAGAGGGGUGGGAUGGCAGCAGCAGGCGUAGGAGGUGCAAGGGAAGCAUGCACCGUUCACACUGAUACUGACACUGAUAUUAGCACCCACGCUCACAUCUCAGCCCCUGCUGAUGCGGACACUGACAUUAACACACACGCUCACGCGGCAGUGCACGUUGACUCUGACAUUGGGUUUGGAGGUGUGGGGGGUGAGAGUGCGUGUGGAAUGCACACGCAGCCAUUCUCCACGGACGCGGACACACACGCACUCCUAUCGCCGGAUAUGCACGGCCACCUGUCGCCCGACGUGCGCGUGCUCAGCCUGCAGCAGCAUGACGAGGACAGGCGGGCUGGUUUUGAUGCCCAUGCCGAGGCUGUUGCCGAGGCUGUUGCCGAGGCUGAUGCCGAUCCUCAUGCUGAAGCCAAUGCCGGUGCUGGUGCGGAGGGUGGGCUGCAUGGGCGUGCACAGGGACCGGAAGGCAUGGAUGUGCUGCAGCAGGUGUGUACCAAGUGUGAUGUGCAGGGAUGGGCUGAGAGCUGUGGAGGGGGAUGGGCUGGGGAGUUCCUUCGUGCCGCUCAAGGGCCUGGUGCUGACGUGGCUGGAGUACCCGUUGCUGACGUGGCCCGCGAGCCUGCUUCUGACAUGGCGCAAGUGGAGGAGGUCCCUGCAGAGGAGGCUCGCUGGCUGGCCACUGAUAGCUAUGGGUCAUUCGGGUGA